UUUGGUAAUUUGUCCAGUUUUCACGCCAUCUGUCUCUAGAUUUUACGCCUCCGCCCUAAUACGAUGGAAGUGAAUGGGAUUUUGUUUGUGGCAAACAAAGCAUUGAAGAAUUAGACUUAGAAAAGCAGUGUCAACAUGUUCCACAAUCACAGUCUCCACAUUACUCCACAGUUGAUCCACAGAACUAUGUCGUCAACAGUUUUCAUGUAUUUUUUGCUUAGGAAAUAGUAAGAAAAUUUAUGACUAUAGAGUACUUUUCUUCAGGACUGUGAAUGAAUGUUGAAUCAAAAUUCUACGACGCAUAGUAGCUCUGUUUAUACUACUUUCUGGAGCCUGCUUGGGGGGUGCUUUCCACACAUGUGAAAAUUAAUGUAAUAGUGACCCAGAAUGAACAAUACCAGGACCCUGAAUCUAAACUAGCUAAAGGGGAUUUAGCUAUCACUGAAGUAAGCAGCUACGCAAGCAUUUCUUUCUUUUUUUUUUAAACCAGUACAGAAAGUACAUGAAGCAGCCCACAAGACGUUCUAACCAGGCUGGAAGUCCCCACCAGAGAGGAACAGAGAACGACCUAAGGGGCACUGAUGUUCACAGAGAUCAACUUCAUCUUCACCUUCUGCCUUGCCCAGUCCCUUAUUUCAACAUCGACAGUGAUCCCCAAAGAAACUUCAUCCAAGCUUCCUAAAUGACUAGCAGCCAGUAGUUCUGUCCUCUGUCCAAGGACUUCAGCACCUCCUCGCUACCUGUAAGAAAGAUUAAUCGGACAGGACUGUAUGUGGAUUAAACAGAAGCCAACCCCCUUGCCCAUGAAGUCAACAAUGGUUGUUGUUAGUUGUGUGGUUUCAGACUUUGAGACUGGUGAGAGACUAAAACAAUCUAUUCCGUACAUGUCUUACAUACUACACAGACAGUUACACUGAGCAUGUUUUAAGUCACAUUUAUGUUGUUCUGUCUACUGUGCUGCACUACUGGAAGAUGCUUUAAUAAAUGAGUAUAUCACUGGAAGGAACAUUUAAACUGUCUGGCCGACACUGCCAUUUCAAUCUCCCUGGACACCUAGUCCUGCUACAAUUUGCGUACCGCAGAUGACUCACCUGGACAUCAGGUUUCAUUAAGUUUGCUGUUUACACAGUUGUGGUGGGCCUGACCUCCAAAGAGAGGGCCUACCAAGGACAUGCCUCACCUCGAGUGUCUCACCUGAAGGAGUGUCACCAGGAGAACAACCUCUCUGUGAAUGUCAGCAAAACUAAGGACAUGAAAGUGGACUUUGGGAAGAAGAAGGAGAGGAGCUACUCUCCCCUUAUGACCAAUAGAGAGAGCCCCAGUGAAGAGGGUGCGUCUGUAUCUCCCCUCACUUCAACACCUUAGUGUGUAGAACCACUUAGGGACUUCAGGCUUUAUACCUGAGGCUUCUACCUUUCAUGGUGCUUAAGACUGCCAGGUUUGAAAACAGCUCUAAGAGGGACUAUCUGACCCUGCAGAGGGUGGUGCGGUCAGCCUCGACAAGACUUGAAUGAUAGUACUGUUCAUAUAUAUACUGAUUUUCUACUGAAGGAAAUGCCCGUUUGACACUGUCAACAGAGAUUAUUCCUUUGUUAGAUAGUAGUUCCAAUAAAAACUGUUCACAGCAAUGUGUGAAUUAUCCUUCGCAAUGAGGACACUGUUUCAUUUAUAUUUAUGCUGUGAGCGCCACAAAUUAAAUUCCAUUUUGCUCCAUUGAUUUGUGAUGGAGGUGGAUGUAACCAUCUGCACGACAAUACUAAUAGAGGUGAGAAUUUCUUCUUUUUUAAAUAAUUGUUAUUGGGAUGAACUGAUUCAUUAAAACAUAAUCUGUAUUCCAUUGUUUGAACGAUUCCCAGUGCCAAUAAAGAGCCUCCAAAUGAUUCAAGAGAAUAAACUCAUUGGCCAUUAUGGCAGCAAAAUGUUCAAAAUACACACACAAUAAAGAGAAAGACAAAAAAGAAGUUGUUGAGUCAUAUUCCUGUGCAUUUCUUAUACUUCCUAAAUGUUGUCCAUGUCUGUUGAUACCUCACUGAAAGCUGUCUCACCAACAUCAGAUAUUGCCUUCUCUUGUAAUGCUAACCUGUUCCUGCUCCGUCUGCUGGUCCUCUGUGCUAUCUGACUACCCCUUGCUCUUGUUUUGGAAUGGGGCUGUGUGUCAGGACCGCCAUGGUUUUGCAUGUGGGGUUGGAGAUCAGUGUCAGUUUCCAACAAGGGCUCUAUAUUUAGCUGGUAAGGGGACUGGGUGACCCAGUCUGACUGCAACAGACUGUACAGACACACUCCUCUGGACCCCAAUACUUGUUCACUUGCUGCCUGUUUCAUUUUUAUCUGUGUGUGGUGUCUCCUGGUGCUACUUGUGUUUCUUAUUGAAGAGGAGAUUGACCUGCAGUGUGGCUCUGCUGCGUGGCAAUGGAGCUGUCAUCUGUGGCCUACUGAGAAUACAGCUUGGUGAUUAGUGAAGUGGCAAUUAGAGGGGAUCAUGUGCCAGUCUGAGGUGCCAGAGCCCAGACUGGGCCUGAACAGUCCUGACCCGCUGGUGAGAGAGGCUUUUCUGAUGGCCCAUGACUACAUAGACUAUGUAACCACAGGGGGGGCAGAUGGCACCAGAGGUCCUGCCCCUACAGCCUGCACCGCAGCCCUGCGCCACGCCGGAGACGAACUCCUCACCCGCUUCCCCAUCUUCUUCAGGCGCUGGCCUCGAGUCUUCCAGGAUGUGAAGGAGAACACCGCCUGCCCCAUGCUCGUGAGCAUCUUGGACGAGCACUUCUUCCCCCAUGUCCCUGGGGGGCGGCGCAGGGAGCUGGCUUGGAGUGCGGUGUUGUCAGUGUAUGUGCUGGCUGGCCAGAUGGCACUGCAUUGCCACGAGAAGGGCAUGGCGGUGGUCCUGCCACAGCUUAAGGAGUGUGUGGGGGCCUAUGUGGAGAGGGUCAUCUGUCCAGACAUACGAGAAAAGGGAGGAUGGAGCGGUUUUGUGACACGCUUUGGAGAGAAGCCGGGCUUGGAGAGCCAGGUGAAGAGAGUGUGCUGUUGGACACUGUUGGCACUGGCCAUAAGCAUUCUCACCUACUGCUUGUGGAAAAGAAUGGCUUAGCCGAGGCUGCCACCUAGUGAUCACGACUGGAAACUAUAACAGGGAGCUCCCAUACUGAAAUACUGGUAGAGGACCAGUGUGUAGGAUUUAAUGACAUCCAGCAGUGUAGUUACUAAUUGCAACCACCCUCACCUUCAACCUCUUCUUACAAGUAUGUAAGAGAAAGCACAAUGUGUAAAAAAAAGAAAACGCCCCUUAUAGAGCAUGUGUUUGGUUUAUAAGUUCUGGGCUACUGCAGAAAUAUGGUGGACAUGUGGAAGAUGACCCGCUGAUUCUGUAGUAAAACAGAAUUAUUUUCAGGUGAUUAUACAUUAUAUCCCAUUUCUAUCACUGUACAUCUGGUGGCAUAAAUCUGACACACUGGACCUUAAAAUAACCCUCCCAUCAGAAUUAACAGCAUCAAUGUUCUGGUGUUAAUGUAUGAAUCUGGAGGAUUUCAAUCAUUCCAGGCAAAAAAAAAAAAGCCACUUGUGCAGCAGUGUAUGGACUCUGAUCUGGUAUUAAACCAUUUUGGUGUGAACUCCAUGUAGCCUGGAUUAAAGAGCAAAAUGAUAUCACCUGUUAUUCUGGUUUAUGCCUUUAUUGAAGACACGUCUGUUCAUUGUGUCACCACCAUUUAAAACAAAUGCUCAUCAUGUAGUUUUAUUUACCUUUACUAUUUGACAGCCAUUUCAGUCUCACUCAAAGAAUGCCAGUAAUGCAGCUGCACUUUAUGUACAGUGCAUCUGCUCAACUAACUAUUGAGUCACCCAAAUCAAAUAAAGUAACUUAACACAAGGAAGGCAAACUGAUUAUGCAGAAGAACUUUUAUUAACAUUACCAUUUAAGGCAGACUUUCAAAUGUGAAGAACUUUAUGAACACCUGUUUAGGUAAACUU